ACCACCUCUCGGAAAGGAGCCGGCCAACCCUCUCUCCAGGGCGAAAGGGGGAGAGGCUCGCUUGCUGUCCUGAGGGCGGUGGAAGGGGUGGUCCGGUCUCCGCAGGGGGUUGCCAUGGAGACGGGGGCUGACGGCGUCCUAGCGAGGGCCGUGAUUGGUGCCGAGCCCUGCUAAUCCUCGGAAGCCCCGUAGAGGAUUCAGGGAGACGUGGUGCGGGACAUACGCGCUUGGGAAGGCGGUGCUGCUGCCCGUUGCCCAUUGAGAAGGUUGCUCGCUUCGACGGGCGCCUGGACGCCUGCAUGUGAGGCUGGGAGCGCGGGAAGACGCGGCCCGGAGCGUGACCCGAUCGUUGCGAACAACGCUGCCCCGGGGCACAGCGGGAGGAGGGUGGAAACUGAGGCAAGGGUCAGGGACCGGCGAGGCGGCGCUCGGGCUGCGGGCCGAGGGAUUGAACAGCACAGCAUACCGUAGGCUCUCAAUAAGCGUUCACCGCCACUGUCCUCCUCGCAGCAGCCUCAACCCAUUCCUCCCCCAGGGGUGGACACUGGCCUCAGCUCCCCAGCCUGAUCUUUCCAAUGAGGCCCGCAGCUCCGGGCUCCCCAGGCGACGCACCCCCAGAAGAUGAGGGGCCUGUCACGGUGAAGCUGGAGGACUCUGAGGAGGAGGGCGAAACCGCCCCAUGGGAUCCCGGCCCCGAGGCAGCACGCCAGCGUUUCCGGCACUUCCGCUACGAGGAGGCGGCGGGGCCCCUCGAGGCGCUGGCCCGGCUCCGGGAGCUGUGCCGCCAGUGGCUGCGGCCCGAGGUGCACUCCAAGGAGCAGAUGCUGGAGCUGCUGGUGCUGGAGCAGUUCCUGGGCGCGCUGCCCCCUGAGGUCCAGGCCCGGGUGCGGGGCCAGCAGCCAGGCAGCCCCGAGGAGGCCGCUGCCCUGGUCGAGGGGCUGCGCCGGGAGCCGGGAGAGCCCCGGAGAUGGGUCACAGUCCAGGUACAAGGCCAGGAGGUGCUAUCAGAGAAGGUGGAGCCCUCCAACUUCCAGCCACUCCCUCAAACCACACCUGGGACUCCAGAACCCGGGCUUGAGAUGCCCCCUGGGGCCGCGCAGGAGUCGUCGCUGGGCCUGCGGGUGAAAGAGGAGCCUGAGGUUACAGAGAACCCAGAGCUUCUGGAUUCUGGGCCUCUACCCAGCCCCGAGGAGGCCACUUCCACUCUCCUCCCUGAGGAGGCCCAGGGCUGUGGCAUGGAGCUGGACCAGGCCUCUCCCCAUAGUGAGACUGGGCCUGAGGGGUCUUCGUGGAGGGAGCACCCUGGGGCCCUGUGGCAGCAGGAAGCGGGGGGCAUCUUCUCCCCAGGGUUUACACUCCAGAUGGACAGCGUCUCUGUUGGCUCAGACACUGUAAGGCCCCACGUCCACCUCCCCUGGGACCUCGGCGUGGCCAGCCUCACGGGCCGACUCCCGUCACCCUCCCGCGAAGGUGGCUUUUCACAUGCUCUAGUGCUCUCCAGCAACCUGGGAGGUGAGCAGGAUCCCACAGACGAUCCCCGCCAGGGCACGGGGCCUGGGCUGGCCGCCGCUCGCUGGCGUGCCCCCAGGGGCCGGAGCCGGGGUCGGGGUCGCCCCAGCACGGGCGCUGGAGCUGUGCGAGGUGGCCGCUGCGACGUGUGCGGGAAGGUGUUCAGCCAGCGCAGCAACCUGCUGAGGCACCAGAAAAUACACACGGGAGAGCGGCCAUUUGUGUGCGGCGAGUGCGGCCGCAGCUUCAGCCGCAGCUCGCACCUGCUGCGCCACCAGCUCACGCACACCGAGGAACGGCCGUUCGUGUGCGGCGACUGUGGCCAGGGCUUCGUCCGCAGCGCGCGCCUGGAGGAGCACCGGCGCGUGCACACGGGCGAGCAGCCCUUCCGCUGCGCCGAGUGCGGCCAGAGCUUCCGGCAGCGCUCCAAUCUGCUGCAGCACCAGCGCAUCCACGGUGACCCCCCGGGCCCCGGCGCGGCGCCCCCCGCCCCUCCGGGCGCGCCCGAACCCCCAGGCCCCUUCCCGUGCAGCGAGUGUCGCCAGAGCUUCGCGCGGCGCUCCGUGCUUCUGGAGCACCAGGCGGUGCACACAGGCGACAAGUCCUUCGGCUGCGUGGAGUGCGGCGAGCGCUUCGGCCGCCGUGCGGUGCUGCUGCAGCACCGGCGCGUGCACAGCGGCGAGCGGCCCUUCGCCUGCGCCGAGUGCGGCCAGAGCUUCCGGCAGCGCUCCAACCUCACGCAGCACCGGCGCAUCCACACCGGCGAGCGGCCCUUCGCCUGCGCCGAGUGCGGCAAGGCCUUCCGCCAGCGGCCCACGCUCACGCAGCACCUGCGCGUGCACACGGGGGAGAAGCCCUUCGCCUGCCCGGAGUGCGGCCAGCGCUUCAGCCAGCGUCUGAAGCUCACUCGCCACCAGCGGACGCACACAGGCGAGAAGCCCUACCACUGCAGCGAGUGCGGCCUGGGCUUCACGCAAGUCUCGCGGCUCACGGAGCACCAGCGCAUCCACACGGGCGAGCGGCCCUUCGCCUGCCCCGAGUGCGGCCAGAGCUUCCGGCAGCACGCCAACCUCACGCAGCACCGGCGCAUCCACACCGGCGAGCGGCCGUACGCGUGCCCUGAGUGCGGCAAGGCCUUCCGCCAGCGGCCCACGCUCACGCAGCACCUGCGCACCCACCGGCGUGAGAAGCCCUUCGCCUGCCAGGACUGCGGCCGCCGCUUCCACCAGAGCACUAAGCUCAUCCAGCACCAGCGCGUCCACAGUGCGGAGUAGCCAGUGCGCUGCUGCAGCCGCUCUCCGCCUUCACCUCGGUCCUCCGUGCAGUGGGGGUGGCGGAGCAGAGCACCUACCUCACGGGGUUGCUGUGAGGCCUGUGACCGCGUGGGUACGAGCCAGCCCUCUUGGGGCCCGGCGCCCAGUAGGCGCUCAAUAAACAGGACACGGAACC